GACUGCUCGGCGGGUGCAGAGGUGGAUGGCUGACGAGGGGAUACGGGACACGAGAGCGGCUUAGUGUGGGAAGCGACAGCGGAUGGACGAGGGAGAGUCUGGAGAGAGGGACGAUGUUCAGGACGCCCUCGAUGAGGAGGAGGGUCUCGAGGGUGGGUUUGGGGAGGGGGGAAAGACUGACGAGGCAAUCGGAGACCCUGACCUGCCAGGGGAGGAGGUGGUGAUGACGUCGAGAGGCGUCGGUCGAGCGGGUCCCGUACCUAGGGCACCACGACCUGAGUUGGAGCGCGCGAGGAGGGAGACGAGGCCGGUGGGGGAGGGCGACGUCGAGGUGCGAGAGACGGUCAGGGAGAAGAGGGCUCGACAGACGACGAUCGAUGAGAUGUACGACAAGGAGAAGUUGGCCGAGUUCCAUGACACAUGGCUACAGUGGAUCUACGCGAAGGGGUUGGCAUUCAACGCCUUCCGAGGUCCGGAGUUCCAGAUGGUUCGACGGGCGGCAGAUAGAGUACCGCGGACAGUUUAGCCGGCGGGACGCGUUAGCGAGCAUGCUGCACGGCGAUGCGUGGGCUCGCAUCCCGUGGGAGUGCAGGCUUGUCUCCCAUGCACAGUGGGUUCAGCAACAGAUCGAGGCGAGUUCUGGCGAUGCGUUGACUGUUCCAUCCUUGUUAUGUCGCCCAUCCACCAGCUCUUGAGGAGGAUGGAUGGAGGGGGGAUAAUGAUGUCCAUCGUUUACGAGUGGAGUCAGCAUCUUCUGGAGUUGAUAAGGAGGGUGGAUGUGCCAGCGGACAUGGUCGAGCCGUGCGUGCGUGAGGUUGCCGUCCGCAACCUCCACAUGCUCGAGCCCGCACAUGUUAUGGCACACCUACUCAACCCUCGCCCCCGGUCCCUCCGAUAUUAUGAGUCACUGCAGACGACUACCGACGACGCCCUUGUGGUCGAGGAGUGCGAUAGAUUCCUGCUCGCACAGACUAGCGACGAUCCGGUCGGCACACUGUACAGGACAGUCCGUGACGAGAUCAUGCAUUUCCACUCGCGGCGGGGAGAUUGGGGAGAUCAACAGUUGUCCGAUGCCGAGGCCGACGACUGUCGGGGGAUCCCCGAGACUGAGCGAUGUGCCCAGUGGUGGUUUGAUCACGGACGUCAUCACCCUCAGUUGCGCACCAUCGCCAUCUGUGUGAUGCACUUGUGGACGUCCGCCUCUCCUGCGGAGAGGAACUGGGCGCAGCAUGAGCGCAUCAACACGGCGAGGCGCCACAAGCUUGGCUUUGCCAAGCUUGCACAGCUGGUUGAGAUUGCCACCAAUCUCAAACUGAAGACGUCAGACACUGAUGCGGACAGCGACACAUCGAACGACGAGUGGACGGACGAUGACGACGCUCCCGUCAGCGGCGACACGAGGGCGGAGUGGGUCUAUUUCACGUACGGCAGAGGACCUGACGGCAUGACUCCACACACAUUCGUCAUCACUGAUGAUGUGCCGUCCGGUGGUCAGGCCAAUGGUACCGGCAGAGCCGGUGGUCGUCGUCGACGACGACCGCGUGCCGACGAGCACGUGGAGGAGCAGGAGCCAGUCGGAGGCCUUCGACAAACGGGCAGACGUUGGGAGGUUAGGAGCGACAGCGAGCCGGAGGGGGCGAAGGAGGAGGAGAAGGUGCGCCUUCCGGAUCGCCGGUUCUCUCCCUCUCAUCAUCGGACUACGGGAGCGCCAGAGCCUACCAGGCCGAGGACGAGGUCGGCAUGGGCAGCGGAGAGAAAACAGACACCAGCGACCGAGCACCAUGAGGGGACCGGGCUUGCGAACAUUCCGGAGAUGGAGAGGACUCCAUCCGGCGCCGGUGUCUGCCAUCGCUCGCCGUCCGAGCUGCGCACCGACGACUUGUACGUCGGCGGCUCUGGCGGGGGUUUGGGGGUUCUCAGUGCCCCGAGACAGAGGGGUGCCUUGCUGUCGAACGUGCUCCUCAACGAUUCUGAUGUGAGGGGCCAUGUAGAGACCGAGGAGGAGCGGGAUGCCCGACUGGACAGAGAGGAGGAGGAGCGGCUGCGGACUUUGCCGCGAUGGGAUGGUGGUUUCUCGUAUAGGGAGGAGCAGCGCCGACGGAGGGAGUUGGAGACAGGGGGGGUGGCGGAAGGUGUGCCCACGACUGUUGACUCGGAGGGAGAUGGUGUCCCCACGGGUUCUGAGGGAGAUGGUGGCGGCGAGGACGAGGACGAGGACGAGGAGGGGUCCGACCACGGAGACGACCACGGCGACGACGGCGGCGACCACAGCGACAGUGGCGACGACGACGACGACGGCGACUACGACGACGACCACGGCGACCACGGCGGCGACGACGGCGACCACGGCGAUCACGACGGCGACCACAGCGAUGAGGGUAGGCUGGCUUUGGUCUUGAGGGCCCCCGACAUUAGAGGGAGGGAGUCCGGGCCAGUUGAUGGCGGGUCGGGCCGCCGCAGUGACGGUGGCGGAUCUGCCGGAUCGAUGCCUCCGCCUCCCGCACGGAGCACGGAUGGCGGCGCCGACACGACUACCGCCCGUGCGCCCGUUGCCGGUUCCCCGCCGCCUGUCGCAGGUGGUGUUGUCGGCGGAUGGGCAGCUCACUGCCAGGUCUCGGACCGGAUGAGGGCGGAUUACGACGCCGGGGGGGGCGCCUUCGCAGUAAGUUUGUCACCUCGGUUUCAGGUUGCGGCCAGCAGCGAGGGUGGCUCCGGACGUUCGAGUGUUCACAUGGCAGGCCACAUGCUCGGUUUGUCUCAAUCAGCAACGAGGAGAGUUUUGAUCCCACCGCCGAUUCUGGCCCGAGGGACAGUUGCGGACAUGCAGCAGGGUCAGCACUACAAAUCUGGCAAGGAGGGGUUGCCGAUGCGGAGUGAGAGUAGACGACACAGCGCCGUUACGGAGGUUGAGGCUCGACUCGCAGUAGAGAUCGCUGCCGGCCAGGCUGCAUUGGACGCGAUUCAGAGGCAGCAACAGACGAUUGCUGCAUCUGAGGCCGAGGACGAGGACGCGGACACAGAGUCCGAGCCGAUCGACAUUGCAGCCCGCAGACAUAGAGCGGCCGUGUCCGCGGCAGCCGCGGUAGCACAGGUGGCAUACAUCAGCGGUGCGCAGGGCACAGGUGGUGGAGGGGGCCUGAGAGAAGCACGUGGUCGACAGUCCACCGCAAGAGGCCGUGGGUGUCCUUCCGGAGGCAGAGGAUCUAGACCUUCUGCAGGGAGAGGGAGGCGUUAGUGCUUUUUUUAUUUGUUCUUUUUUUUUUUUUUUUUUUUACAGGACGUCGUUUUGACAGGGUAGGUUCAUAUUCAUGUUGAACAUAGGAUUCGUGAAAACCCAAUAAAAAAAUAUGUUGGGUUUGAACGAAAUUUAUUUAGGAUUCUGAGCGUAUGGUUUUUAUGCCUUCUGUAGGAGCAAGAUUCUUUGCAAAGUAACCACAAAAAAAGAAUAAAAAAAUAAUUUUUGAAACCCACUGAAAGUGGCGAGGAAAAAAUCAGGUUUUUUCGCAAUAAAUCAUUACUAGGCGA